AUCUCCCUUCCUCUGCAAUUCACUACUGGCGGUGCCGCCAUCUUCUUUCAUUACCUCGACGCGUGUUACGGAACCUGCAUGUUGUCAGCCGAGUCCACGGCAGACUGAAAUUCCACUCAAUCCUCGCCGUAAAUACACGCUGUCAGGGAACGAAAGCAAGAUGGCCUCAACAAGCGACAUCCGCGACAUAAUGAACUUGGGCCAGGCAGGCCCACGCCAACCUGCGCCCAAGAAGAAGAAAGCCAUCGAGCCUCAAGCGCGUGUCACCGGGUUCAAACGCGAAGUCCAGGCGCUCAUGGGCGAUUCUGUUCCCCCUAUUGCAAUCGUCGAACAGCGAUCCUACAAGUCCAGACCCUCGAUAUCGCAGAAGUUAUUCAAGCCCAGACAUUGGGAGGAACGACCAUUCCAGCAUGGUGCAAGAACGGAUGGAUUGGUGCUGCGACAUUGGAAGCGCUCGAUCCCGGGUUCGCAGGCUCGACCGCCGGCUGUUACUGGUGUUGAAGGAUCUACAGAUGUAGAGAUGACUGAUGACUCGAAGGCUGCUCCAGCCGUGCAAGAACUGCGUUUUGAAGAAGAGUUCCCAUCGCACAAAUGGAAUGUCAAGGUGCAAAUACCGUCGUACACGGAUGAGCAGUAUGAGAAUUUGUUGAAAUCCGACGACUGGACGAAACAAGAGACGGAUUAUCUCAUGGAGCUCUGUCGGGACUACGAUCUGAGAUGGGUAAUCAUUGCCGACAGGUACGAUGCAAAAGAGAUCGCGGUCUCGAAUGGGUCUCAACAGAACGGCGAGGCGGCUGGCACAGAGGUCGCUGCGAAAUAUCCAGAUCGUACCAUGGAAGCGCUCAAGCAGCGAUAUUACACUAUUACUGCCCAAAUGCUUGAAACGCAAAUUCCCGCAAGCAAUAUGACGCAAGCAGAGUUCCAGCUAUGGGAGAAAAUGCGCAACUUCGAUGCGAAGACAGAGACCAUGCGCAAGGCUAUGGCAGAGAAAUUGUUUGAACGCACGAAAGACGAAGCCGACGAGGAAAGAAUCCUGCUUGAGGAGCUCUAUCGUAUCACCAAGAAUGAAGAUGACUUCAUGAAGUUGCGGGCCGAUCUGUAUGCACGACUCGAACCCGUCGCACCCAUUAGGCGGACUGAGAGAGGCGAGGAGCAGUCAACAGCGUUGUAUCAGACUUCUGCGGGAUUGUCCAUUCUUCUACAGAACAUGCUCGCCAAGGAGAAGAGACUCAAGCCGCCUCGUCCUAUACCCGAGGGAGCUCAUACCGGUCAUUCAAUGGCCACGCCCACUGAUGCUCGGAAGGCCAGUCAUGCCCAAUACAAUCGGCGUGAUACUAUGGACAGUCAAGCAGAAGACUCUGGUCACCAGAAGAAGGGCUCGAUGUCGCAGCCGGUUGUUCGAGUGUUGACACCCCAGGAAGAAGCGCGCUUCGGUGUAUCUCAUCCUCAAGAGCGACUCACCAGUGGUGUACAGUUCCGGCAUGAGAAGAUUAAUCGUCUUACCAUGGCAAAAAGUCAGACGCAGACUACGAAGAUUCAAGCUGCCUUGACUGAGUUGGGCAUUCCGCAACGCUUGCUCAUGCCGACGGAGAGGGUAUGUCGCGAGUUUGAGAGGUUGGUCAAAGAGAUCAAUAUCCUGCUUGAUGCAAGAAAGGUCAAUGAGAAGAUUGCGACGGAAAUCAAGAUCCUCGAAGAGCAGAGACGCAUCAGAUUAGGCCUCCCCAAAGAAGAAGAACAACCCGGCCAACAGAACGGGGAUGUUAUGGAGGUGGAUUCGUCCCAGAUCAUUGACAGCAAGCUUGACAUGGUGCCAGACAGUUCAAUGGCCGUGACAGAGGAGGAUAAAGAGAAUGACGCCGCAGCUGAAGUCGACGACAGCCAAGAGAAGCAACAAGACGGCGAAGGUGGGCGCGACGAGAGUACUAUGGCCCUGGACAUGCAGGAUGAGGAUGCAGAUGCUGAUGAGGAUGAAGAGGAUGCUGUGGGGGCAUCUAGUCCCAAGCAAGAAGAUGCUGACGAAGAUGAGGAUGCGGAAGAGGACGAGGAUGAUUAUCAGGGCGGGGAGAUUGAUCAGUCUGUUGCCGACCUGGAUCAGGACCAAGAGGAUGAAGAUGCUCAAGAGGAGGAAGAGGAGGAGGAGGAUGAUGAUGAUGACCGGCCUCAGCUUGGUGUAGAUAAUGACGAAGAGGACGAAGACGAGGCAGAAGUCGCUGCUACGCCAGACUUGGAUAGUGAUGCGGAGAAUGAGGACCAGGAUGAAGAUGAGGAAGGCGAGGCUGAGGCUGAGGCUGAGGAGGAGUCAGAAGAGGAUGAAGAGGAUCAAGAUGAAGAUCAAGAUGAGAAAGCCGACGGUGAAGAUGACAACCACGCUCUGAACCCGGCGCCUGAAGAUUCGGACAAUGCUGAAGAGGACGGCGCUGCGCAUGAAGAUGCGGUGCCUCUGUCAGCGGUUACGCGUGCGCACAAGAGGUCUGCCAGUGUGAUGUCGGAGGCGAGUCGUGCGGGUAGUAACCGCAGUGGUAUGGGGAGGAAGAAGAGGAGAUAAAUAGGGUCGAGUGUAUGGAUCUAUGUCGGUAUGGCCCAUAUCGUCUGCUCUCAGAGCUUCAUCAAAUGUUUAUGGACUGCUGGCGCUCUCCUUGGAAAUGGCAUUGAGGCUGAGAGCUCGUUUGGACCACAGUACCAGAUGCACGGAGCGCAAGGCUGACGAGGCUGACGAGGCUGUGGGUGGCAUACCUGGAUCGGAUUGGAUUGGAUACGGCACACUUCGCUGACCAUUCCUCUUCUGGCAUCAAACAUGAGAUCAUACGAGGAUUUCUCUCGAGGCUUCGAGAAUAGCCAUUGCACGCGACUACUAG